GAAAGACCUGCCCGGAAGUCCCGACUGACGGCCCUACGUACCAACCACUUACGUCCGGCCAUUCAUUUUCAUUCUUACUCACCCCACGACGUCACACCCCACAUCACACCUCCCUUACCUAACCAACCUCAAUCACCUUGGACAAUAUCACAGCCUCACAUCUCUUUGAGAUAAAAGGUCAUUGUCUAUUCUCUUUGUCUCUACAUCACGACCUUGCUCUACUGCAAACGUGAUCCCACUCUCUAGCACAGCAAGAAAAGACCUUGGUGCAGAACCCCUAAUCAGCCAGGUCACAAAAAAAGAACUGAAACACGUUCCUUUUCCUCUUCGCUCCCUUGCGCGCAAUCGAUAUCACCGACGACCGGAACAAAGCGAUCCCCGCCGACACCCGUCAUCGUCACAUCCGAAUCGUUGUGCUGUUGUAGACAACAAUAAAAGAAAGAACCCCAAAAACAAGAAGCUGCUGUGAAGUGAAAGAAGCGCGUGGUCUUCCAAUACCUAAUUCUUUGGUCGAUAUUCUCAAUAUCGCCUACCAAAAAAAAAAACCCGACCGUCUUCUUUAUCAUUCUGCAUCGGAUCGUUUUAUUCGACGCUUUCCAAGAACAAUCUCUAUUCAAUUGCUGGGUCAGUUUCUUUGUAGGGGACACAUUCACUUGUUUCUCUCCCGCUAUUGAUCUGUUCAGCGAUUGUUCCUAACCGUUGACACUUCUCGAUACCGACUCCAAUCAUGGAAGGCAUCCAGACCCACCCGUCCAACGCGGCGCAAGCCAAGGCGUUCACUGCGCCUGGCUCGCUGUCGUUCCCUGGAGCAACCAACGAGCUCACACCGCCGCCUGUCGGCAACGGCGAUGCUACUCAGCAACCUCCUCACAAUGGCCAGCAGGCGGCAAAUGGCAACGGGGUGGCUCCCGCAACGCCUGUCGCGACGCCUGCUGCUACUCAAGGACCCAGUGGAAUCACUCCUACUCUACAGAACAUCGUGGCUACAGUGAACCUUGACUGCCGCUUGGACCUCAAGACCAUCGCUCUGCACGCGCGUAACGCAGAGUACAACCCCAAGCGUUUCGCUGCCGUCAUCAUGCGAAUCCGUGAGCCCAAGACGACUGCCCUGAUCUUUGCCUCCGGCAAGAUGGUUGUCACUGGUGCUAAGUCUGAGGAUGAUUCGAAGCUGGCUUCCAGAAAGUACGCUCGUAUCAUCCAGAAGCUUGGCUUCAACGCCAAGUUCACCGACUUUAAGAUUCAGAACAUUGUUGGCUCUUGCGAUAUCAAGUUCCCUAUCCGACUUGAGGGUUUGGCAUCUCGCCAUCACAAUUUCAGUUCUUACGAACCUGAGUUGUUCCCUGGUCUUAUCUACCGCAUGAUCAAGCCCAAGAUUGUGCUACUUAUCUUCGUCAGUGGAAAGAUCGUCUUGACUGGUGCGAAAGUCCGUGAGGAAAUCUACCAGGCUUUCGAGAUGAUCUAUCCUGUGCUGCAAGAUUUCCGAAAGGUCUAAGGUGUCACCAUAUCAUCUCUUACCCGACACAUCACAUCAUUACUAUCUUAUCGACGUGUAUGAUUAGACACAAACCGUCACGAUACCACGAUUGCUUUUAAAAUCUCUGGUUUCCACCUGGUCUUGAUGUCCAGGCUGGAAGCCAGAAAUUUGCGUUUGUACCAUUUUGAAUCUUUUCUGCAUUGCAUUGGCGUUGGGAGGGGUGGUUCGGCGGGGGGUAUUCACGAGGGAUUUCGGUUCAGGGGAAAAAGAUAAGAUACUCAUCCCGCGACACAUCUCAUAGAUUGCUUGCGCCGGUACUGCGGCGUACGCGCUCAGUUGACUUGAGCGCCUUAAUAUUUCAUGAAGGGAUCCGUUGAGUUGAGAGGGGCUGAUGAAACAAAGUCGAGGGAUCGUUGACAUGAACCCUUUUGAUGGUUCAAACAAAGAAACACAAGCUCAGGAACGGGCUUGUGAACGAGCACAAGGGGGGCAAGCCUUGAGCAAAUAUUUGUGGCAAGGCGACAAGCAUGUGGUUAUUACCGCGAUGACUUAAACCAACAGCUGCGAGAAAAGCCUCCAGUUAAGCAGUUUUUCACAGUAGUGAGAUAAAAAUAAAGUUUAAGUUCUCUCCUCAAACUGUAGCCUUUUUGAUGUUUUUCGAGUUCGUGAAAUGUGCAUGCUCGUGCGAUAACGAUAAGAAGGAUUGUGCUCACCGCGCCUAGGCCCACUCGCGUGCCCUUCCAAUAAUGGCAUCCUUCAAGGUCAACCAGGAGGCUAACCCCGGUCUUCGGCGGGUCUAAUGUUAAUCAGCCGAUUCUUUAGUUCUGUUUAGUCUUUUUGACGACGCCUCCCCAGCCGGCCAGCGCCGGGAUCGGUGUGGGAACGGGGAAAAGUCUUUCGAAUUCGUCGGCUCAUCUAGACUUUCUUUUGUUGAUCGUCUCGUAGAUAAGUGACUGUUCUCUUGCAGGAAGCUUGUGUUCUUCUCUCCAACCUGCAAUUCACUUCUCAUCUGUCUGUCGCAAUGUCUGGAGCUCCCUCGUCCAUCCUUAUCGUCGGCUCUGGCGUCUUCGGUCUCGGUACAGCCUGGGCUUUGACCAAGCGACCUCAAUACUCCAACACCAAGAUCACCAUCGUCGAAGAAUGCGCUGGCCAGUUCCCUCCCGAGGAUGGUGCCAGUGUAGACUCGUCCCGAAUCGUACGAGCCGAUUACUCGGAUCCACACUACGCUGCGCUCGCCGCCGAAGCGCAGAAGGAAUGGCGAAAGCAAGGCGACGACGAAGUCGGCGGUCAGGGA